AUGGGAAGACCACCUUGUUGUGACAAAUCCAACGUCAAGAGGGGCCUUUGGACUGCCGAGGAGGAUGCAAAAAUACUUGCAUAUGUAUCCAAAUAUGGGAUUGGAAAUUGGACCUUGGUUCCCAAGAAAGCAGGGCUCAAUAGAUGUGGGAAGAGCUGCAGGCUUCGGUGGACUAAUUACCUCAAGCCUGACCUCAAGCAUGACAGCUUCACACCUCAAGAAGAAGAGUUCAUUAUAAACCUUCACAAAGCUAUAGGGAGCAGAUGGUCUCUAAUUGCAAAACAGCUACCUGGAAGAACAGAUAAUGAUGUCAAAAACUACUGGAACACCAAGCUGAGGAAGAAGCUUUCCAAAAUGGGAAUUGAUCCAGUUACCCAUAAGCCAUUUUCACAAAUCCUUUCUGAUUAUGGAAACAUUAGUGGCCUCCAAAACACUAGAAGCUAUGGAUCUCUCAAUAAAAACAUAAACUACACAACAACAGCAAUGUCCAAACCAGCUGAACCCUCUUCAGUCCUCACAGGAUAUCCAAAUACUGACAUCAUGAUGAUCAGAGAUAGGCCUAUAGUCGAGCAAGUCCAAGAUAGCUCCUCCAAUGAAAACAUCACCUCAUGGGACUUCCCCUCCCCAUAUCAGUUUCAUGUCAUUAACCAAGAGACCAUCCAGCCACAAACGACGACGUUCUUUAUAAAUGAAGCUACCUCUUCAUCAUGUUCAUCGUCUUCUUCUAACGUUACCAAAUUAAGCUCACCACAACCAUAUUCUUGCCAACAAUCUCAAUCGCAAAUUCUGCCAUCUCCUUCUUCCUUCAAUUGGAAUGAGUUUCUCCUCACUGACCCUCUCCCCUUCCCGGGUUUUCAGCAACUCCAAGAACAUCGCCACAUCCAGGGAACGACUUUAGCACAAACACCCCACAUAGACUUCGCUGCUGAAAAUGACUGCGCCUUAAACCAAAUUGUUCAAGAGGGUAGUCUUGAGAGUGCAUUUGACUUUGGAGGUCAAACAAACCAGAGGUCAGAAGCUUCAUCUUCCAUGAGUUCAUUUGUGGAUGCUAUUCUGGAUAAGGACAGUGAGAUGCGGGCAGAAUUUCCAGACAUUUUAGAUGGAUCUUUUGAUUUUUACUAA